AUGGCUCAGUUAUUGUCUCCAGUGUGUAUGGAGGCUGUCAACAUCCACAACCCACUAUUGAAUUUGUGUUCUAAAAACUCAUGGAGAAUGAUGGUGAAGGCUGCUAGUCCAUGCACCUUUGUGACACACAGUGGAAAGAGAAGAGGAUGUGGCAGGGUAAGAGUUACUGCUGAAGACUCGGUUUCUCCCACUGAGGCUGUUGCAGAUGACUAUUAUGCAGUUCUGGGACUGCUUCCAGACGCCACACCUGAGCAAAUCAAGAAGGCAUACUACAAUUGCAUGAAAUCUUGCCACCCGGACUUGAGUGGAAAUGAUCCUGAGACUACAAAUUUCUGCAUGUUUAUCAAUGAAGUCUACACGGUGCUCAGCGAUCCCAUCCAACGCAGGAUUUAUGAUGAAAUUCAUGGGUAUUCUUUAACGUCAAUCAACCCUUUCCUGGAUGAUUCAAGCCCAAAGGAUCAUGCCUUUGUUGAUGAAUUCAGCUGCAUAGGCUGCAAAAAUUGUGCAAAUGUAGCCCCUGAUGUAUUUGCAAUUGAGGAAGACUUUGGAAGAGCCAGAGCAUACAACCAAAGCGGGAAUCCUGACCUAGUUCAACAGGCAAUUGACAGUUGCCCUGUUAGCUGCAUUCAUUGGACAUCUGCUGCACAACUAUCAUUACUAGAAGAUGAGAUGCGCCGUGUAGAAAGAGUCAAUGUUGCCCUAAUGCUAUCAGGAAUGGGAACAGCAUCAAUUGAUGUUUUCAGAAUGGCAAGUUCCAGAUGGGAAAAGAGGCAGUCAAAAGUCUUGGAAAAAGCAAAAUUGAGAAUGAUGAAGCAAGAAGGUUCUGAUAAGAAAAAUUCGUACUGGGACAAUCUUUGGGGCAAACAGAAAGAGUAUCAAAGUUCAGAUGAGGAAGUUGAAGAAAGAGCAAAAAGAGCUGCUUCAGCAGCACGAAGAUGGAGGGAAUACUCAAGGAGGGGUGUUGAUAAGCCUCCUACAUUUAAACUUCCAGAGGCAAGCCCUGGCAAGGAAAAUUGAUUAGUAUUUGAUUUACCUUCUAUAUCAUUUAGUCCCAUGUAAUUAAUUCAUUUAUAGCCUCUAAGUUAAACCAGUGAGAUCUUCUCACUCUACUAGCCAUGAUUGUAUAUGCAACAACUAUGAUUAAGGUAAAUCUUUAGACAUAGUAAUACAAGGGAAAAGUAUAAAAGAAAGCUAGUUUACUUCAUAAUUA